AUGGCCCUGUUCACCGAGACCAUGGAGACAAAGGCAACUGCUGACACGAGAAGCACGGACGCAACAACGACAGACAUACUAUCCCGCAAGGAUCACGAGCAUCCCGCAUCAAUUGAAAACCAGCCUGCCUCAAGUCCAACCCUCCCUGGAUCCACCGUCGUUGUCUAUCCACAGGAGUCAGGGCCGUCGCCUUCACAGGCCAACAACCCCGAGUCCACCGUGACUCCAACCAACACAGUUGCUCAUAACGAACCUCUGACGACGGGCAACACGUACCCAGAGGAGGCUCUAGUGCAUUCGACUCCAGCUGUAUCACCAUCUACUUCAGGAGAUCGACCCACAGAAUCAGUCCAGUCUUCGUUCGCCUCAACAGCCGCAACGUCAACAGGAACACCAACACCCAAAAGCCGUCCUACCACAACUGCGACGCCACCACAUCCUGAACGACACAUCCUCUCCUACGAACAAUGGCGGAAACAGGUUCUGGAAAAGAAAAACAAGCCUGCAGAGGUCGCCGAGCGCAAACAGCGGAAAAGGAAACCUUAUCAGGAAAACACUGUUGACGUGGCGAUUGGAGGGGAGGAUGAGAUUGGAUUCGUGUUUCCCAACCUUGACAGUGGCAACAGCAAAAGUGCAGACGAGCGAGCGCAACUUGUGGGGGAUCAGCUUGGGAACGGACCGGACCUCAAGUUGGCUGCUGGACGGGACAAGGAAUGGAUCAAGUCUGAGUACGCAAAGGAUCCCAAGGACCGAUUCAACCAUGCGUCUGCGACCUGUGCGGCCAGUGUGGUCAAGGCAAGCAAGGAUGCGACCAGUAUCACAGCCAUCCUGAACGAAGGCAAGGACAAUUAUAUGCUCAACAAAUGCUCGACCAAGGAAAAGUUCUUCGUGGUUGAGCUGUGCGAGGAGAUUCUCGUCGAUUCUUUCAUAUUGGGCAACUAUGAGUUCUUCUCCUCGACGUUCAAGGACUUUGUCGUCUCUGUGAACCGAUAUCCGCCAAGAGACGAUGGAUGGAGCAUUCUUGGGCAGUUUCAGGCCAGAAAUACACGCGACGCUCAGGUGUUCAAACCAAAAGUACCCCAGCUGGCGACCUAUAUCCGUUUCGACUUUGUGAACCAUUACGGAAACGAGUACUAUUGUCCGGUUACCCUUCUGCGCGUCUAUGGUGCGACAGCAUUGGAGCAGCUGAAGCAGGAAGAAGAAGAGGAGAAGCGAGUGGCAGAGGAGGAAAAGAGACGUGCAGAACUGGAGAAGGCGAAGCAGGCAGUCAUGGACACGGAGGACGAUGAUGAUGAUGACGAUAGCGAGGAACCAGAGGUCGUUAUAGAAAACAGUGGUGUUACGACAGAGAAUGUUAAGGACCACUCAACCGCAUCCCUGGAGCAGGCUGAAUCCAUUCGCAGCGAUACUCCGUCGCCAGACAAGCCGGUCGAGACCCAACAAGGACAUACAGAGCCAAGUAUUCCUUCAGAAUCGCUAGAGACCAAGUCAGCACAGCCGAGCUUCGAUGGAGAGCCAUUGCAGCCUGUAGAAGACAAGCAAGAUGCAGACUACAAAGAUGUGGGAGAGAUACAUCCUGACCCUCAGCCUAACUCAGAGCAUUCGACCACAGGCCAGCCCACGUUCGUGUUGCCAGAGUGGCCAUUAGAGGACUCUGACGAAGAGUCUUUCAAGGACGACUCUUCUGCUCAUCAAAGCUCAGGAACUCCCGACACGACGCUGAACUCCUUUGGAGAAACUAUGACAGCGACGGUUGACCAACCACCCACCGACAUUCUUCUACCCUUCCCAUCCACCACACCCGCAUCCAUGCAGGACGAUGAUGACUGGGGCAAUGGAGACCUGGAUAUGAUCACACUCUCACCAAAACACAAACCAACUCAUAUCCCGAAACCUCAGAGCGGCUCCAAGGCGUCCUCAGCUGGACUGGGAACUCCAGGCGGCCACUCUUCAGCAACAGACUCUUCUGCGCACCCGCAGCCAACGCUACAUUCGUCUCAGGAGAGUGUCUAUAAGAACAUUGUUAACCGCCUCAAGGCACUAGAGCUCAACUCAUCGCUGUCAUACCAGUAUCUAGAGGAACAGAGCAAUGUCUUCAACGAGGUUCUUGAGUCAAGUGAGCAAAAGAUCAACCAGCUCGUCACCCACCUGAAUGAGGCCCACCGACGACUGGAAACUCUGCUUGUCUUUCAACGGCAACUGUUCGUUGUCGGUGCUAUCACGCUGUUUUCAGUUAUCGCCUUUAUUGCUAUCACCAGGAGCUCGUCCAUGCAAUACGCUAUACACCAAUCACCUUUGGGCGUCAAACUGAGAGCCAUGUCAAGGCAUAAGGGCAACUUACGAUCGAACGACAUCUCCUCGUCUGUGCGCAUUGGCUCAGUUGAAGGCCUCAGUCAAUUCGACCAGUCGACUCUCCGAGUCCCUCAUCUUGAUGACAGGACCAGAUCUGCAGAUGAGGACUGCCACAUGACGCCACCCAUAUCACCAAUGACACCGCUUACCCCGGAUCCUGGUCACACAGACGCUGGACGGAUGCCGGAUAUUCAUCAGCGGUCAGGAACAGAACCCCACCCUGACGACAACUCUGUUCACCCAAACGGAGAAGUCUCUUGCUCAAUGUUUGCUGGAGACAAUCGUCCUCCGCUUCCUCAUGCCCAUUCUCAGUCGGACACAGCCCAUCAUCAGGUUGAUUCUCCCGAUCUGCGAGCAUCACAACUGAACACGGACCGAUUCCUUGUUAGCCGAACACCAUAUCCAACACCAAAGAGUAGUCAUGGAUCAGGACGACUCUUCUUACACCCCAACCAAAGCCAAUCUUCCGUAAACACCACGCCCUUCCCAAUCGAUUACCGCCCCGACUCACCAGUCUUCCAAGGACCCUCCAGUGGACAAGACGACGAACAGCUUUCGGACGCUGAUGUGGCAUACAUGUCAAGGGACAUGAAUGUAGGGAGGAUGAACUCUUCGUCACCGGGGUCCCAUCCAACGACACCAGUAGCGAAGAGAUUGUCCAUCAGCUAUUACAACCAGUUCCACCACUCGACCAAUCGGCCCUCGUCUUCACUCCGGAUGGACACCACGGCGUCUUUGACUGAGAACGACAGGACACACCUCUUGCCAAAUCAGGAGGACGCUAUCGAUUCGAACAACACAUCGCAGUUUGACCUCGCGUUCCAGAAAGGCACAGAUGGCAAGACAGCGAUGUCUCCCAAAUCCAUGGACAGGGCGCCAGACCCUCGCGAGGCGCUUGAUGAUGAUGUCGGAUUUGUUUCGGACUCGGUCCUCGACAAUGCAUCGGAACCCAUGGCGGGUCAUGGAGAGCAAUUGCAGAAUGCCCUUGAUCUAGGCGAUUGGGACAGGCACCGCGGGAUUGGCGAGAGUCUUCCAGAUGACAAGGAGGAGGAGGAGGAGGAGGAUGAAAACAGUGGAGUAGUUCCCGUGUCAGUUGGUAGUCGUCGCCCUUCUGGCUCGGCACUAUCAGAUGUUGCCGCCGUCGAGGAGAUUGAUCCGACCAAGGAGCGACCUCGACUGUCCAGGGAUUCGUCGUCGAAAUCAAGGAGGCGGAGCUCGCACAGCAUCUACAGGACGCAAGAGCCUUCAACUGCUGCUCGAAGCAAGAACCACAGUGCAAUUGCGGCCGUUGGACUUGGUCUAGAGAUGGCCUCACCAAUGGAAGCAGCAGCCUCAAACAAGGACCUGCCACCUCGACCUGAGCCAUACUCUGUCCAACAACAGCAGCAGCAACUGAUACGUCGUCAGAGCUCGAAGGACUUGAAGAAGGACGAGAAGCGUGAUGAUGAAGCAUUCAAGGACGAUGAUGUUGCCGUUGUGCCCGGAUCCAUUGGAAGGGGAGAAAGGCGGAAACGAGCUAAAUUACCAGGAAUGCCAACAGAUGAACAGGCGACUCCUAGGAGGCGGGUGAGCUACGGACGGCGAGAAAGUGUAGGGGAAGACGAGAUGGAGGAGCAGGCGCGGGAAGGAGAUGACGAAAGGUCGCCACAAGUGUCUCGAAAAUCGCACGCCUAA